CAAGAUAAGGGCAAGCUGACGAUGAUGCUAACACGGAUGCUGUAUGGAAUCGUUGCCCUCAUCAGGUGGUACAAGUCACUGAGUGGUCCAUGCCCUUUUGAAGAGAUCACGAAAUCUGGGGGAACCUACCAAUCACUCAGAGCCUCGCCCUGAAGUCCGACCGGAGAAAGGCGCGAGUCUCCAACAACCACACGCCAUGUUCCUGCAUUAGCGCUAUUAUGCUUACGAAAAAAGAUACCAGAGCAUGUCGCAGCAAUGUCGUAUUUAUGUGUUGAACGUUCCAGGAUCUUGCAAACUCUGACUCGCUCCCGCAUUCAAAAGGAACCUGCUGCCUACAUCCUCAACGUCCAGCACUGACGCUGCCAUACCAGAAGCAAUGGGUUCUUUAUGCGAGGUCAACAGCAAGAAGCCAUGGAUCGAGACGCCUUUACUGGAGUCGCCGACUCUUUCACGUGCCGCUGGCUGCCGAAUAUUCCUGAAACUCGACAACCUUCAGCCGUCGGGAUCCUUCAAAUCUCGAGGCAUUGGCAAUCUGGUCCUUGCGGAAGAGGCCUAUCAUAAAGCCAUCGGCAGUACACGACCACUGCACUUCUUCGCCUGUUCUGCAGGCAAUGCAGGUCUCGCCGCCGUCUCCGCAACCAGUGCUCUUGGCUACAGAUCUUCGGUGGUCGUGCCUGAACCAACCGAGUUAUCCAUCACCGAGAAGCUGAAGACGAACGGUGCAAGCGAGGUCAUUGUUUUCGGCGAGGGGCUGGCUCAGGCCGAUGUCUAUCUCAAAGAGGUUGUGAUGCCUCGCGCAGAAGCCAUAGGCGAGAUUCCAGUUUACAUUCCGCCCUUCGACAACGAGGCAAUCUGGGAGGGUGCCGCAACCAUGGUCGAAGAGAUCGAUCGCCAGAUGCCUGAUGGAGAACGACCCGACGCCAUCAUCUGUUCCGUCGGCGGAGGCGGUAUGCUUGCUGGCAUUGACCUCGGCAUGGACAGAGUUGGCUGGGGCAACGACGUGCAAGUUCUUGCCGUGGAGACAAAAGGCGCCGACUCGCUCCAUCAGUCGGCCAAGGCAGGCGAAUUGAUCACCAUCCCGAAGAUCACAUCAAUCGCUUCGUCGCUAGGCGUAGUGAGGGUGUGCAAAAAAGCUUUCGACCUGCUAUCGCGCAAGAAUGUCACUAGCCUGACGCUGGAAGACGCAGAGGCCGCCAUGGCCUGUUGGCGACUGGCGGACGACGAACGGAUCCUUGUCGAGCCCGCGUGUGGUGUGAGUGUCGCGCUAGCGUACGAUGGCCGCCUUCCACAUUUCCUACGCGACUUCGACCGGGAAAAGAAAGUCGUCAUUAUUGUUUGUGGUGGCAGCAAGAUCUCGCUUGACACGCUGGUCCAGUAUCGGACGACGUAUGGCGAGAGGGCCAGGGAACUGGCAGAAGUAUGGAGCCGGUCGUGACAUGAGGGAGUGGUAUUUGUGUUCACAUCGAAAUAAUGAAUUUAGCGAAUUUCGGUGAGGGCAAAAAUAAUGCAUCUGUUGAUCUGGCAGAGUUUGUCAUAAUCCAACAUAAGUC